AUGGAAGAUCCUGUGAUUACGGUCGAUUAUUACACAUACGAGCGGAAGAACAUUGAGCGAUGGUUUCAAACGAACGAGUCGUCGCCGCUCACUAACUUGAUUCUACCCAGUCUCGACUUACGUCUCGAUGUGCAAAAGAAAGAGGAAAUCAUCGCAUUUCUCGACGGUUCGGACAUCACUCCAAGAUAUGGGAGCCUUCGAGGAAAAUCGCAUGCCUUACGUGUCUCUAUCAAAUCUCCACUCAAUACGUGGUCCGUGAUGCUACCGCGCGAUCUGAAGUUGAAGGAACUCUGGGAAAUCGCAUUCCGCUUGACAAUGGGACGCUACAUGAGCUAUGAGCUACAACACAGGAAUUCACGAGUCCCGCCUUCCCAGGAUUCUAUUAGUGAUUCCUUGGCAUCUGCUGUAUUCCGAUCUCAUCGGCAGAAAUUCAUGAUAGGAUCCUCAACCCCUGUAGGGAGCCCUUUCGCCUUCUGGACAAAGAUGUGUGAUGUUGGUGAUGGUCAAAUGGAAGGAGACGUCGUCACUGAACAUUGGGAGCCCAUAUCAAGCUUUUUCAAUGGUACAGAUUCGACCGGCAAGUUGACACAGGAGUCCUGCAUCGACAAGGGCGAAGACGAUGAAGAUUCGGAAGAGGAGGUUGCUUAUCGAAAUGGAGCUAGCGAUCGCCCCUAUGUGUUUAAGCUACACCUAGGAAAAGCGCCACGCACUGCCGAGAGCCUCGCAAACACCCUGAAUCGCUUGGAUGUGCUGAAGCAGAUGUUCGAUGCGUUCAUCAAUCGUACUACAAUUACCAAACCCACGUUGGUCUCGUGACGUUCGGCACUAAGGCCUCGGUGUCGCAGGGCAUAACCUAUGCUGUGGAAAACUUCCGGCACAAAUUGAACAACAUGGCCGCUUCUGGAGACACAGCUAUUUGGGAUAGUCUUGCGCUUGCGCAAGAUCAGCUUCAACGAUAUGCCGAAAAGUAUCCCUAGGCGAAGUUGCGCAUCAUUUGCAUCUCGGAUGGGGAAGGCAACAAAUCCAAGCAUACCGCAGUGGAUCUUGCAUUACGUCUUUCACAAGCCGGUAUCGUCGUUGAUUGUUCUGCCUAGGGGAAGCCCGAAACAUCGAGCUGAGGACUCUUAGCUAUCUGACUGGU